AUGGAGGCCCAGCUUCUCCUCGGGGUGCUGCUGUGUGUCUGGCUGUCACCGGCUCUGUCUCCAUGGGGUGCCCGGGCCCAGCUCCCUGUCGGCGGGGACUUACCGCUCCCUAGGCGCGACAGCGCCGCGGGACCUCGGAGAGGGGAUGGCCUCGCCGCGGCGACGCAGGAGUCUGGAAUGGCAGUUUAUAAUGCUUCAUCUACUGCGAUAUCCUUAUCUCGGAACAAGAGACUUCACAAUAUGAAAUGUGGACCAUCUGAUUCGUUAACAUGUUUUAAUGGAGGUGAGUGUGUCUACAGAGAGCUGUGCAACUGCAGUCGAUUUAAUGCAACUGGACCGAGAUGCCAGACAGUGUAUAAUACAGGUGCUGAAAGAGAUCAUAUAUGCAGAACAUGGGGUCAAUAUAAUUUUGAAACUUUUGAUGGACUCUAUUAUUAUUUUCCUGGGAAAUCCACAUACGUGCUUGUGAGACACACUGAAUUAGAUGAACAGAGUUUUUCCAUACAGGUGAAUAAUGAUCCUGAGUGCCAUUCUUCUCCUUACUCCUGCAAAAGGUCCGUUAGUUUAUUCUUUUCUGGAGAUGAACAGAUAAAGAUGAGCAGUGAAGUCACCUAUAAAGAAUUUGGAGUACAGUUACCGUAUAUUAUUGGAAAUUUACACAUCCAGAAGCUGGCUGGAUACUUCCUAGUCAGGCACCAGUAUGCCUUUACUCUGGCUUGGGAUGGUGCCUCUGCAGUGUAUAUCAAAAUGGCACCGGAGUACCUGGGCAAAACACACGGACUGUGUGGAAACAAUAAUGCUAUCCUGCAGGAUGACCUUGAAACUAGUUAUGGAAAACUGACAGAUGAUGUAACAGAAUUCGUAGAGAGUUGGCAGGAAAAUCCUCCACAAGGAACACCCAAUUGGGAUAAAUCUCUUCUCAGUGAACCACCCUGCUUGACACAAAGCCAUGAAUCUCUACAGAGGGUGUACACUCUGUGUAAUAUCCUGUUACAUCCCCCAUUUGAACAAUGUCACGAAUAUGUGAGUCCUCUUCCUUUUAUGGCAAGCUGCACCAAUGAUCUUUGCAUGUCAGCAGUUGAUAAUGCAACUUGGUGUCGAGCAUUAACUGAAUAUGCCAGAGCAUGUGCCCAAGCAGGAAAGCCGCUUCAUGGAUGGCGACUGCACUUUCAGCAGUGUGUAAUUAUGUGUGCUGAACCCUUGACCUACAAUGAAUGCAUCAACUGUUGCCCUGUUUCAUGUCAUCAACAAUCACAGUGCAUUGACAGUAAACUUCCCUGCAUUGAUGGAUGCUACUGUCCAGAUGGCUUAAUUUAUGAAAAUGAAUUGUGUGUCAAGCCUAUGGACUGUCCUUGUGACUACCAUGGAAGUUUCUUUGAAACGGGUUCAGUGGUUUAUGAGGAUUGUAAUAACUGCACUUGCAUUGGAGGAAAGUGGAUUUGUACAAAUCUUACAUGUCCAGCUGAAUGCUCAGUUUCAGGAGACAUUCAUUUCAUGACCUUUGAUGGGCGCAAAUACACUUUCCAAGCUACCUGCCAAUAUAUUCUAGCAAAAAGUCGUACAUCUGGAAUGUUUACCAUAUCCUUGCAAAAUGCUCCUUGUGGACAGAACCAGGAUGGAUCAUGUAUCCAAUCAAUCACCCUUAUUCUUAAGCAGGACCCCAAGAGGCAAGUGACUCUGACUCAUUCAGGAGAUGUUUUGGUAUAUGACCAAUACAAAAUUAACCUGCCUUAUGCAGAUGAGUUAUUUGAAAUUCGGAAACUCUCCUCUGUAUUUCUUCAAGUGAAGACACGCAUCGGAUUACAGUUACUGUAUGACAGAGAAGGACUGAGGCUUUACCUUCAAGUGGAUGAACGGUGGAAAGAUGAUACUGCAGGCCUUUGUGGAACCUUCAAUGGAAAUACAGAGGAUGAUUUCUUAUCUCCAGUUGGAGUAACUGAAAGCACUCCAGAGCUGUUUGGAAAUACAUGGAAAACUUCUUCGGCAUGCGUUCUUGUGCAUGAUAGUUCGCAAAUGGAUCCAUGUGAUAUUCAUCUGCAGGCAGCCUCUUAUGCAGCAGAAGCUUGUAGCAUCCUUACGAAAGAACUUUUUGCUCCAUGCUACCCCUAUUUGAGUCCUGUUCCCUAUUUUGAGCAAUGCAGAAGAGACACUUGCAAAUGUGGACAGACUUGUUUUUGCUCUGCUCUGGCCCAUUAUGCUCAUCAUUGCCGAAGAUUUGGAGUUAUAAUAGAUUUCAGAGGAGGUGUCCCAGACUGCGCUCUUUCAUGUGAAGAUACAAAGGAGUACAGUACUUGUGUAUCUACCUGUGGCAGAACCUGCCAAGCACUGUCUGUGCCAGAGACAUGCAGCAGUGAUUGUGUUGAAGGCUGUGCUUGUCCCUCUGGAAUGUAUUUGAAUUCCAAGACUGAACAAUGUGUGCAGAGAAACGAAUGCCCAUGUUAUUUUCAAGGAAUUGACUAUCCCCCUGGAGAAAAUGCUGUAACAUCUUUGGGCAAAUGCCUUUGCAGGGAUGGAGUAAUGAAUUGUGAUAACAACAUAAUAGCACACAGCUGCCCAGUUGGACAGAUUUAUAUUAACUGCAGUAAUCCACAAGUUGAUCCUGAACUCAGCAGAGAGAGAACUUGUGAGAAUCAGCUGCUAAACCUCACUUUCUCAGCACAUCUUCCUUGUGUUUCAGGUUGUGUCUGCCCACUGGGUCUCGUUAAACACGGGGAUGUAUGCUUGGAUGCAGAUGAAUGUCCGUGUUCAUGGAAAGGAAAGGAAUACUUUCCAGGUGACAAAGUCAUUACUUCCUGUCAUACAUGCAUUUGCCAGCAUGGAUCGUUUCAAUGCACCUUCCACCCUUGCCCAUCAAUGUGUACUGCAUAUGGGGAUCGGCAUUACAGAACUUUUGAUGGACUAACUUUUGACUUUGUUGGAACUUGUAAGGUUUACCUAGUUAAGGGUACUUCUUCAACCAGUCUUUCUGUUAUUAUAGAGAAUAUUAACUGCUUUAAUACUGGAAUCAUUUGCAGAAAAAACAUUUUCAUUAAUGUUGGAAAAUCUUUUUUAAUAUUUGAUGAUGAAACUGGAAAUCCAAGCUUAUCUAGUUACAUAGACGAGCCACAAAAAGUGCAGUUAUGGAAAGCUGGAUUUUUCACUGUUGUUCAUUUUCCUCAUGAGCACAUCACAGUUCUUUGGGAUCAGAGAACAACAGUUCAUGUCCAGAUGGGUCAUCAGUGGCAAGGUGAAUUGACUGGAUUAUGUGGAAACUUUGAUUUGAAGACAGUAAACGAGCUGAGGACUCCAGAUGAUUUUGAAUUAACAAACUCACAAGAGUUUGGAAUCAGCUGGACAGCUGUAGAGUGUGUUGACAGCUCUGACAUUCGAAAUCCAUGCAGUUUGAAUCCCCUUAGAGAGCCAUUUGCCAAGAAGGAAUGUGGAAUACUGUUAAGUGAAGCAUUUGAAGCUUGCCAUCCAGUGAUUGAUGUCACCUGGUUUUACUCAAACUGCUUGACAGAUACAUGUGGUUGUAACCAAGGAGGCGACUGUGAAUGUUUCUGUACAAGUGUAUCAGCAUAUGCCCAUCAGUGCUGCCAGCAUGGAGUUGCCGUAGACUGGAGGUCCCCUAGAGUGUGUCCUUAUGAUUGUGAAUAUUUCAACAAAGCUCUGGGAAAGGGGCCAUACAAACUGGUCAGCUAUUUGGAAGGAGAAUUUGUAAUGGCAGUGAAACUGGUGGAUGGUGGUGUUUUCCCAGUGAGAGAAGAAAAUACUCUUCCAACACAUGCAGUGAGCUUUAUGCUGACUUCAGGACUUUAUAAACCCAAAGCACAUGAUUCCAACUUGAUAUCAUUUGAAACAGCUGAGAGACCAAACUAUUUUCUUCAGUUGGUCUCCAAUAAUACUCUUGUUCUUUCUAAAUGGAAAAAAAGUCAAGAGUUUCACAACAGAUCUACAUUUGUCAUUCACAAGAAUACAUGGCUUUCAGGAUACAGUUCCUUUGAGUCAUUUGCAAAACCAGGAUACUUCAUCCACAUUUCAGCCUCUUCAGUUGAGCUUUUGAAGUACCAUCAUUCAGAGGAGUUCAGACUGUCGACCCUUUUUAAACUUGUAGACGUUAAAUUUAAAUUUCCAUCCCGUUCUGCAUGUGAAUGGCAUUAUGAUGCCUGUACAAGCCCUUGUUUCAGGACAUGCCGGGACCCUUUGGGAAAAAACUGUCAGGCGGUACCAAAAGUGGAAGGAUGCCUCCCUGCCUGUCCUCUCAAUAUGUUGCUGGAUGAAAUCACUCAAAGAUGCGUGUAUUUCGAAGACUGCAUUGAACCUGCAGAUGAUAGUCCACCUUUGCCAUCCAGCAUUCGAACACCAGCAGUUUCACACAUAACAUCAAGUACAAGUUUGGCAGUGAUCAGUGAAGCAGUAACUUCAUUUCCUUUACCUGAAGCAAAGGAUAUGGAAACAACACUUCCUUCAAAGUUGCAGCUCACUGCAACUACAUGGAAAACUGAAUUUCCAGCUGUUAAAUCUAAUGUGACACUUCCAACCAUAACUUUAUCAUCAAAUAUUUCUUCACAGUCAACAGAAAUGACAUCUGGGAGAAGCACCACAGUGGUACCUGGGACAACAAAAUCUAAUGUAAGCUUGUCUUCUCCUGUUGACACUUCUCCAUUGUUUCCAUCUACUGUCAGUUCAGAAACUUCCACAAAGAUACAACCUAUCAGUAGCAGUUCCACUAAACUAUUGAGGGCUACAGAACCUCAGACGGUAACUGCUACACAUGCAGUGACUACAAGCACAGAAUCAGAAAGCAAACCAAUUUCUACUUUUAUUUUUACUGGGACACCACUUAUACUUAGAACAACAGAAAUACCAGUCAAAACUAAAAUAAUGGAAAUCUCAGAAAUAGCCACAAGAGCACUUUCCACAAAAGAAGCAGAAGUAAAACCAGAAGGACUUACAACAUUUACACCCAGUUCAUUUGAGUCAAUAACAGAAAAAACUACUGUGUAUCUGCCCCAGUUUUCCACAUCACCACCUCUGGGCAUGCCUUCAUAUACACCACCAGGAAACCUAACAGGACCUUCAGAAGGGACAAAAAUAAGCGUAGGACAGUCUUUUACCACAGUAGCUAACAUUACAGUAACAUCAUUUUCUCCUGUGAUCACUACUUUGUUAAAACCAGUGUCUUCAGCAACAACAAAAGCAGCAAUUGUUUUAACUGAACAAAGUGUGAAGACUACAUUUUCACCGACAUCCAGGCCACCUGUUUCAUUAGGAAAGGCAACUACAGAAUCUCCUAUUGAAAUGGUUCAACACCUGACUGGUACUGCAGAGGUACCUUUCACUACAACUCUAGGUCCAAAGACGACAACUCUGCAAACUCAAGAGAGAUCAUUAGAAACAACUUCGUUAUCAUUUACAAGUCAUAAAAAGGAAACUCGCAAAACAACAUCUCGUGUGGAGGAUAAAUCAAGUUCCUAUCUCUCUCUGUAUUCGCUACAUCCUAGUUCUACAACUGAAAAAUCUGUCACUCUUUCUACAAAAAGACUGUCAGUGUCUGUUCCUACUCCUGCUUCUCCAGCUUCAGGUGAAUUAAAAAAAACAUUCAAAACUGUUUCAACUACAGGAUAUCCCUCGUACAUGGUUCUAAACACAACAGAGUUCCUGACUACAUUAUACACUAAAUAUCCUGUUGUGGCUGAGACCAUCAGAGUGACACCUUUGUCUGUUGAGGUAACGUCCAAAAUAACGUCCCCUUUUGAAUUAGCAGCCAAGUCAACUUUGUUUUCUAGAAAAACAUCUACUGAAUACAAGUCAACUCUUGUUUCAAGUACAGUGAAAACAAGCGCUUCAGCAUAUUCAGGUAGUGUUACCACAUCAGCAAUGGAAACCUCUGUCUCAUCAAAAGAAACCACCACAGUUCCUUUCGUAGCUACAGAAGGAGAGUCAGCUCAAAGAACACCCGUCACUGGAUCUCCACUUACUCUCCUUAGUGCAACUGAAGCCACACUGUUGACAACACAGCCUGAUAAAUCACAAGUGGAAAGAAUUACUAGCGUCACUACUAGAAAGCCAUCUGCUUUCCCUUCUUCACCGUCAAGUUCUCCAAUCUCUUUAAACAUUUCUCUUCCUUCGCUACCCUCAUAUGGAAAAGAAGCAUCAUUCACAGCUGUCAGUCCUGUGCAUCCAUCCCAUGAAAUGACUUCUUUAUAUCCAAGAACAACUACAGCAAAAUCUACCUUACCAACAGACAAGACCUCUCCAGUCCUGAUUUUGUCUACUUCAUCCUCUGUAACAGAACAAUCAAGUCCAAUAACAGUAUCACAUGACAAAUCACCAGGCAAAGCCAUUUUAAAUAUCACUUAUGCCACAUUCUCCCCAUCCUCUGAAUUCAGCAGUCAACUCAUAACAACCAAAAAAGUAAUGGCAGCCAAAGAAAGAUCAACUCUGUCCACUUCUGUUGUAAUUCCAGUAACAAAGUCCACUUUCUCCACCUCUCAGUAUCUAGCAGAUAAAUCGGUAUCUUCACUUCCUUUGACACAAAUGAUACCACAAGUAACCACCACACUGAAAUAUCCAGUACAUACUAAAACAGUUUCUACGGCAUUGAAAUCUACAGUCCAAAGUAUAACAGAUAAAGUAAAACUUAUGGCAGCUACAGGUCAGCCAUCCUUUCCUCCAUCUUCAGUAGGUCCCGUCUCUUGGCAGACAUCUUCAGGAGAUAAACUUUCAGUAGAGACCACAAAGGCCACGGCUAUACCACAUUUUUCUACGCAGAAGGCUAUGGAACUUGGCCGUCAGACUUCUGAGCCUUCAUUGACAAGCCAAAGCAGUACCCCAAUUUACCAGUACCCCGCAGAAACUUUAACAAAAUCCACUAGUCAGCCACAACGUGUCUUUAGCACAACUGAAGCUACGGUAGAAUUGACUUCCUCAUACCCCUUAAUCACCUCACUACCUGAAGGCAUUCAUUCAAGUGUAUUACCUACCUCAGUAGGUCCUACACAAGUUAUUUUACCGUCUGAGAGAGAGUUGCAUUUAACUGAUGUAGUCACGCAGCCAUACGUAUCAGGAACUUCUUCUGGUUUGCGGUCUACAGUUCUAACUAGUACAACAGCUGACUUGAUUUUUGGCACCAGAAUUCUCCCUUCCUCACCAGAAAUGCUUGCAGGUUCUUUAGCAACAAUUAAAAAAGAAGCAUUUCCUUCAUUUUCCACACAAAAGGCAGGAACUGGUCUAAAAUUCACAUGGCAGGCCUCGUUUACUGAAUCGCUUGAUUCAAGUAAAACAUUUGAAACAACUACAGCUGCACCAGAAUCUACAUCAACCUCUUCAUUGAUUUUGCUACCAGAAGCAACAGAAAUUCCCAUUGUGAUGGGCAGUGGGCCAUCCACAUCAACAGGCAGAAGUGGUACAGAGAAAACUGUGGUGUUGCCGAAGCAAGUCACACUUUCAACCACUACCUACGGUUCCACGUUUCUAGCAAGUACAACAUUGUCACCUAUGGCCCGUUCAUCAGCUGCAGCUUCAGUCUCUUCAAUGAUGAGCAGUACUGGGCAAAGCAUUAGUAUUGUAUCAGCAACUUCAGGCAAAACAGAAGCAGUAACAGAAUCUGUCACAAGCUCUGUGAAGCCCACCUAUUUUUCUGUUACUUCAGAAGCAGAAGGAGCUGUGCCCCUUGAUACAGUAAAAUCUGAAGAGCCAGAAUUAACAACAGAAGUCCAAGCCGUCCGUACGCAAGGUGCUAGUGUUACCCCAGAAAAACCUCAGACUUUUUACUCUUCCCACUUCACAAACACAGCUGCAGUUUCUUCUAAUUUAAGUGUAUCAGUAGUGUCCACUAUACGUUCAUCCUCUGAACCAAAACCUUUUUCUCCUGUAGCUGCGUCAUCAGUCAGUACUACUCAAACUUCAAAACUUGAAAUAUCAUCUGAGGUGCAAACACCUUCUGUGAGUUCACUGCUAACAAUACCUGAACAUCCAAAUGAUACAAUGGCUCCAUCAGUUUCCACAUUUGCCUAUUUAGCUACUAAACCACUUCAUGGCUUAACUACAAUGCUUUCUGAUGGACUGGCAACAGCUGAAGCUGUGUCAGGAGUCACAGCAUCAUCUUUUCUGCUGCCUAGAGAACCAGCAACUCUUCAAACUUGUACACCAAUCACAGAGAAUGAAUGCAUAAAACACAUUUGCUUGGAUGGACAACUGAUCCAAGUUAAUAAGUCGCAGAACUGCCCAUACAAUGCAACUCAACCCAGCUGUGGAGUUUUAGGAUUUGCUACUCAAAUGAAUGGUGAUAAAUGCUGCCCAAAGUGGGAAUGUGCAUGUCGUUGCACAAUUUUCUCUGAUCUGAGCAUUGUAACCUAUGAUGGAAAUCAUUUGGCUUUAUUCAAAGAAGCAUCCUAUGUUGUUAGUCAAACUCAAGAUGAAACUAUAACUAUACACGUCCUUGACUGUAGAAUGAGUAAUUCAAAUUCAACUUCUUUGUGCCUGGCAAUGUUGAAUUUAACCUAUGUAUCAAACCAAAUUAUUAUCAAUCGUUUAAGUAGAAAAGUAACAGUAAAUUCAAGGUUUGCUUUUCCUACUGUUAGAAAAUAUGGAUACAAAGUUGAGGAUUCAGGCUUCAAGUAUGCAGUUGAGACCCCAACGAAAAUCAGAAUUCAGUGGUUUCACAACACAGGUGUGAUGAUUAUUGAGUUUAAUAGUACCAGAGAACCAAGAGCUUUGGGACUAUGUGGUUUUUGUGAUAGAAGCUUGGAAAAUGACCUGAUGCUACCCAACAGGACAGUUUUAAGCAAAAGCAAUGCUUUAUCGACUUUUAUAGACAGCUGGCAACUGCCAGACACGUUAAAGUAUGUUGGAGAAGACAGACAUCAGGAAACUAAUUGCUCAGUCAUGGACUGCUCAGAGUGCUUAAGAAUGGUGUUGAACCAGACCUUCAGCAGCUGUCAUCCCUAUGUUCCACCUGAGUUAUUCUGUGAUAUAUGGGUUCAGGACACUGCAUACAUUCAAAAUCCAUGCAUUUCACUAGCUGCCUAUGUGGCAAUGUGCAACAAAUUUAAUAUUUGUAUAGAAUGGAGGAGCUCUGAUUACUGUCCCUUCCCCUGCUCUGAAAACUUCUCCUAUCAGGCUUGUAUAGCUGCCUGUGAGGUUGCAGAUAGUUGUCAGAAUAACGAAGUUGCUUCUGUGGACCCAGACUCCUGCUCAGUGUUGACAGAAGGCUGCGUCUGUGCUGGAGGGACCAUCCUUCACCGAGCUCACACUGCUGUCUGUAUUCCUGAAGAAAAAUGUGCUUGUACAGACAGUUCAGGAGCGCCUCAUGCAGUAGGUGAGAUCUGGAAAACUUCUUUGAGCGGAUGCUGUAUGCAAAAAUGUGUUGACAGUGAGACCAUUAUUCCAGUGGAGUACAAUUGUUCAGAUAUCCACAAUUUAGACUGUCAGCGAUUUGGAGAAGUGGCCUUGCUUAUUCCGGGUGAUCAGACAUGUUGUCCUCAGAAGAUCUGUAUUUGUAAUGAGAGCCUCUGUGAACCCCUAAUCCCUGAGUGUAAUGGCUUGGAAAAGCUGGUCACUUACUACAGUGAAGAAUCCUGUUGUCCCAACUAUGUUUGCGAGUGUGAUCCAGCAAAAUGUGAACGAAUGGAGCAGAUGCCAAGCUGUCAAGAUGAUCAAACGCUAAUUGCUGCUCGGGUGGAGAGUACCUGUUGCAUUUCCUAUAUAUGUGCAUGCGGGGCUUGCUCUGAUCAAAUACCCAAAUGUCAAGAAGGAGAAGUUCUUAUUGUGGAUGGCAAUACUACAGAGAGGUGUUGCCCUACAUACCAGUGUAUUUGUGAAAUACAUCGUUGUCCUGAAUUCAAAUGUAUGCUAGGCAUGUCUUUGGUGGAAGUAUGGAGCCCAGAGAAGUGCUGCCCCUUUCGGAGAUGUGAAUGCGCAUGCGAAACAAUCCCCAAACCUCAGUGCAAACUGGGGCAGAAACUUCAGAUAGAUGAACAGUUUCAGAACAGUACAGAAAAUAUCUGUAACUGUGUUAAAUACAAAUGUGUGAGAGACAAAGUUUGCCUGAGUAAUGAGAGAGGUGUGCUGCUUCCUGGACAGACAAUCGUGGAACACAAUGCAGAUGGCAUUUGCCAUAUUUCUUAUUGUACAAAUGUGAUUGAUCCCUCCACUAAAUACUACCAAAUAAACACAUCUUCAAUAGACUGUGCUGUCAAGUGCAAAGCUAACCAAGUCUAUCAGCCUCCAAAAGAUUUAUCAACUUGCUGUGGUAGCUGUAAGAACUUGUCUUGCCUCCACACUUUCAGCAAUGGCACAAUUUCUAAUUUUAAGCCUGGUACUGUUUGGAUUUCAAACUGCAUCAGAUACGAAUGCACUAACACGGCAAUAGGACCAGUUCUGGUUUCCUCUUCAGUUGGCUGCCCACCCUUUAAUGAAACUGAAUGUGUGAAGGUUGGGGGCUAUAUCGUACCAUUCUUAGAAGGAUGCUGCAAAACAUGUAAGGAAGAUGGAAAAUUCUGUAAAAAGGUGACUGUUAGGAUGACUAUCCGCAAGAAUGACUGCAGGAGUAACACACCAGUGAACAUUGUUUCAUGUGAUGGAAAGUGCCCAUCUGCAAGCAUUUACAACUAUAACAUCAACACAUAUGCAAGAUUCUGCAAAUGCUGCAGGGAGCUAGGACUACAGAGACGAACUGUGCAAUUGUAUUGCACCAGUAAUUCAACCUGGGUCAGCUAUUCAAUCCAAGAGCCUACAGAUUGUUCUUGCCAAUGGUCUUAAAAAAAACAUGAAAGAAAACAGCAAGUCCAGCUCUUCCCAGCAUAAGAUAAUUAUAAUAGUUUAUCUAUUAAAAAUGCAAUACCCAAUCCACUGAAUUUUACCAGUUUAAUGUUAAAAGAGUAAAAACAUUUUUGGACUCUUCUAAAUUUCUGAAGAAUGGCUUUGCAUCAUUUUUAUUGUGAUUUGUCUUUCAUGUUCAUUCACAGGGAUUGUUUUAAGAGUUCUUGUGAUGUGUGCCAACUUAAAAGGUGAAGUGUUUUACAUUAGAGACACCUCAAGAGAAAAAACAUCAUCUGUUUUGUUCUGGAAGGCUGGCCCACUCUUUGUCAGGCACCCAUUCCUGUUUUAAAGCACUGACAGGUUUAUCUGGCAGCAGUUUGCUAUUUUGAAUGCAUUGCAAUUGUGCAAAUACAUUCAGUGUCUAUUAAGAAAAAUUGUUUGGACAACAUGAGAAGAAUUCUCAGUUUAAAUCAUAUUCCUCUUGUAAAGUAGAGCAUGUAUGAGAAAUCCAAUUAAAGAUUUAUUUUUUUUUCCAAUCAGGGAAACAUUGUCAAUACUGAUAACUGUGUGUAACAUUCCCUGGUUGUUAAUUUCAGUUUUUCUAGUGUAUUUUAUAUUGUAGUGAAAAGUAUUAUUGCAAGCAUGUAAUGUAUGGAACAGAUAGACUGUUUGUAGGCUAUCUAGAUUAGUCAUUAGUAGUUACUUUAUCUUUCUCCUAAACAAUAUGACAUAAACUGAAAAUACACAGAUUUAACAAAUGAAGACCAUUUUACAGUCCUUUAUGUAGAUACACCUUAAACAAAAACAUUCAGCUUAUAAAAUGCACCGUACUUCAACUGUUUCCUUAGGAGAAUGAACUUUGUUUAACACUAAUUUUAAAGGUGAGGAAAUCAAUUAGAAAAAAGAAAACCAGGAUUAUGUAUCUGUCUAAAAGCAAAAUAAAGUUGAAAAUCUUUGUCACCAGUAUAGUAGAAUGUAACUUGUAAUGGCAAGUGUUUGAUAUUAAAAAUGUACAAUUGUAAGGUUUGAAAUUUCCAAAGCAAUUUUGCUUAUGAACUUCAACAAUUAAUAUUUUGUUGUAGUGAACUAAUUUUUUUCUCUUCUAAGCUAAUGUUGCUGUUCUGUUCUUUUCCAACAAAUUGCUACCAAGAUUUAGCAAAAAUUCAGUAGCUUUCAAAAUGUAGAUAGCAUGUAGUGAUACGCUUGACAUCCUAUAGCAGAAAAUAGAUCUUAGCAUAACUUCUUAAAAAGCUGUUUGUCUGCAGUUAAUCCAAAGAAAAAUGUGGUGUUAAGA